GGCCUCCUGGCUGGAUCUCUGCCGGUGCCUCCACCGUGAGGCUCCCCCGGAGCGGGUUCACCUCCCCUGCCGGGGGGCCGUCUCUGCCUGAGUCUGAGCGCUGCGGGGCCGCUCCUACCCCGUACCGGCCCUGAAUCCGCUGUCCCGCAGAGCAUGGAGCCUGCAGGGGACGUGGAGCGGCUCCUGAUCCAGUUCCGCGAUGAGUCCGGCGAGCCGCUGGGCUCCCCCUUCGACGUGCCCGUCAGCAUCACCCCGGACAAGCUGCAGCUGGUGUGCAACGCCCUCCUGCAGCAGGAUGAGCCGGUGCCUUUGGCCUUCUUCUUCCACGAUGCCGAGAUCGUCGUUUCGCUGGAGAAGACCUUGGCAGGGCAGGCAGUGGAGACAGAGAAGGUUCUCGACAUCAUCUACCAGCCGCAGGCCGUGUUCAGGGUGCGGGCGGUGACGCGCU